CGAAUGCGAUAAACCGACCGGAACCUUCCGUUUUCAAUCUCUGACCCGUGCUAUACUCUAAAUUCAGUUUCCAGUGCACAGUUGCAGUAGUACUGCUUGAUUUGCUUUCUCUUCCGAGUUCCAGACGCAGUUCUUCACUACCCAAACUCACCCACAAAUUUUUGAGAGUAAGAUAUAACCAUAAAUAUGGCCGCCGCCGCCGCUGCUAAGGCAACUGCAGCUGCAGAGGAAGAGAAAACGAAAACCCUUCAACAAGAACUCUCUCUCCCAAUCAUGUUAGCGGACAGAGUCAUCAAAUCAGCUCAAGAAGCCGAGUCUUCCAAAUUCGAAUGCGCCGAACUGGCCAAACAAGUCGACCGUCUCUCCCAGAUGCUCCGCUCCUUCGUUCGUCUCUCCGCCACAGCCAACGCCACCGUCUACGACCGUCCCGUCCGCCGUAUCGCCUCCGACAUCACUAAGACCCUCGAACGUGCCCUCUCCCUUACUCGCAAGUGUCGUCACAGUGGUCCCCUCCGCCACCUAUUCUCCAUCACGACAACCGCCGAUUUCCGCAAAGUUUCGAAUCUUCUGGAGUCUUCUAUCGGCGACAUGCGUUGGCUGCUUUCGCUUUUCGACUCGGACGGAACCAAUCUUACCCUUCCUCCAGUUGCCAGUAACGACCCCAUUCUUGCUUGGGUUUGGUCUUACAUCUCAACGAUCCACAUGGGCCCAUUAAAAGAUCGAGUCGACGCCGCUAACGAACUUGCUUCGUUAGCCAAAGAUAACGACCGCAAUAAGAAAAUGAUCGUUGUAGAAGGCGGGGUCUCACCGUUACUGAAGUUGUUAAAAGAGGGAGCUUCCCCUGAAGCGCAAAUCGCGGCGGCAAAUGCGCUUUACAAUCUCGCAACUGACGAAGAAAGAGUUAGGCUAAUCGUGGAUGUAAUGGGAAUUCCUAUAAUCGUUGGGGUUUUGGGAGAGGCUCAAAUGAAAGUUCAAAUAAUGGUCGCGAGUUUGGUGGCAAGAAUGGCGGAGAUGGAUUUGGUUGCUAGCGAAGAGUUUGUCAGAGAAAAUGUGACGAGAAAGUUAGUUUCUUUGUUGUCUAUGGAUAUGGUUUUGGAAGUUGUUAAGCCACAAACUGCGAAAGCUAGUAUUCAUUCCAUCAUUCAAAUGAAUAAAGAGAUGACUGACAAUUCCCUGAGGCAUCCCAAAUUGUUGUCGGUUCAUACAUCGUCAUUUUCGGAUGGGAGUAGCAGAAAUAGGAAAGAGAGGGAAGCAGAGAGUCCUGAGGUGAAGCUUAAGUUGCAAGUUAGUUGUGCAGAGGCUUUGUGGAAGCUGUCCAAAGGGAGUUUAUUGACGAGUAGGAAAAUUACAGAGACGAGAGGGUUGCUUUGUUUGGCAAAAAUUGUAGAGAAAGAGAAAGGGGAUUUGCAGUUUAACUGCUUGAUGACAAUUAUGGAGAUUACAGCAGUUGCGGAGUUUAAUGCUGAUCUUAGACGUGCAGCUUUUAAGACUAAUUCUCCAGCUGCAAAAGCGGUUUUGGAUCAGCUCUUGAAAGUAAUUCAGGAAGAAAGCAGUCCAACAUUGCAGAUUCCGGCUAUUAGGUCAAUUGGGUGUUUGGCUAGAACUUUUCCUGCAAGGGAAACGAGAAUAAUUGGUCCUUUGGUUGAUAAGCUUAGUAAUAGGAAUGUGGAAGUAGCUAUGGAAGCUGCUUGUGCGUUGGGGAAGUUUGCUUCUCCAGAUAAUUUCAAUGGUUCAGAGCAUUCCAAGGCAAUUAUUGAGUUUGGUGGGGUUCCAUCGUUGAUGAGGUUGCUACAGAGUAAUGAUCAAGCUCAAGUACAUGGACUUGUCCUACUAUGUUAUUUGGCAUUGAAUGCCGGCAACAGCAAGGCCCUUGAGGAAGCCCGGGCAUUGAAUACUCUUGAAGGGGCUGCUCGUUCUGUCAUAGCUCAGUAUCCUGACUUGAAGGAUUUGUUUGCUAAAGCUAUACAUCAUCUGACACUCUACCAAGCUGGAGGCCAUCCCCACAGGCAAUCAUUUGCACCUUAAAUGCUUCUCCUUUAGCUGCUUAGAUGAUUCAAAUGUAUGAAUAUCUCUUUGAUUAUAGCAUACAAUGAACAUAUUGACACUUGAGAGGUUCAGGGAUUCGAAAUGAAUGAUGACUGGUCAUUCAUGAUAUUGAUUGAUCAUCUUGAUGAUGGUGUUGAUAUGUCCUCAACAAAGUGAAUGUAUGUAUGGAAAGUGUAUCUGUAUUGAUUGCAUAAAAGUUACCAAAAUUUUGUCACCCAAUGCAAUUUAAAGAAUCACAAUCUCUUUCUCUGA